GGAGGUGGAGUCUGAAGGUGGGGAGGGAGAAGAAAGGGGAGAGAGGAGGAAAACGGGGAAAGGCAGAUACAACCGAAACAGGGGGGGAGGACGGUGGAUGAUUUACGCUUUAAAAGUUGCUGUACAACAAAUUAAAGAGUUGUGGCGAAGAGGAAUUAAGCAAGAUGAUAACCCCGUACUUCCUGGAGAAUUUCUGGGGUGAAAAGAAUAAUGGCUUCGAUGUGCUCUACCAUAACAUGAAGCAUGGCCAAAUAUCCUCCAAGGAGCUGACAGACUUCAUCAGAGAAAGGAGUACUAUUGAAGAAGCCUACGCCAGGUCUAUGACCAAACUCGCCAAAUCAGCGGGCAACUUCUCCCAACUCGGCACUUUCGCUCCGGUGUGGGAUGUGUUCAAGACCUCGACAGAGAAGCUGGCCAGCUGUCACCUGGAGCUGGUGAGGAAACUACAGGAACUUAUUAAAGAGGUUCAGAAGUAUGUGGAGGAGCAGGCCAAAGCACACAAAAAGACAAAAGAGGAAGUGGCGUCCACCCUGGAGGCCGUGCAGAACAUCCAGACCACCUCUCAGGCCCUGCAGAAGUCCAAGGAGAUCUACAACGCCAGAACUGUGGAGCAGGAGCGCCUCCGCAAAGAGGGGGCCACCCAGAGAGAUGUGGACAAGGCUGGAGUGAAAGCCAAAAAAGCCACAGAGACCUACAAGUCGUACGUGGAGAAGUAUGCCACGGCUAAGUCCGAGUUUGAACAGAAGAUGGCAGAAACAGCACAGAAAUUCCAAGACAUCGAAGAAAACCACAUCCUCCACAUGAAGGAGAUCAUCCAGUCGUACUCGCAGUCCGUGGAUGAAACGCACAUUCAGAUAGGAGAGGUCCACACUGAGUUUGUGAGGAACAUCGAGAACACCUCUGUGGAGAGUUUAAUACAGAAGCUGGCCGAAAGCAAAGGAACGGGCAAGGAGAGGCCAGGGCCCAUUGAGUUUGAGGAGUGCAACGCAGCUAUCGCAACGGAAGGUGCGAAACCCAGAAAGAGAAAACCAUUUGGCAUCCCAGGACGCAGGAAAGACAAGGACACAGACUCCACGGAGUCGACAGAAGUUGAAACUGCUAACACUGCCAAUGGCGCUCCCCCCGGAUACUACGGUGCCAUCGACAUCCAGAACGCUGUGAGCAAGCCAAGACACUCUGAAACACACACACACACAAACUCACAAGCACACAGGAACGUUCCUCAAGUGGACGCAGAGGGCUUCUGUAUCAGACCAGAGGCCAACGAGAAUGAUGCCAAAGAGAACUCCUUCUACUCGUCCAGCGACUCAGAGGACGAGGACGAACCCAGGAAGUUUCACGUAGAAAUCAAACCCGUGCAGCCGAACAACGGCACGCAUCAGAACCGAGCCACCAUCGAGGAGCUGAAAGCGUCCAUCGAGAACAUCAUCCUGUCGCCCUCCACCUCGGGACAGAUGCGGAGGAACCAGUCCAGCGAUGAGCUGGCGAAACCCAGAGUGCCAACAGCAUAUGAACUGGCCAACAACGACCUCCUCUCUCUGGACCCGUUCAGUCCGACCCUCGCAGGAAGCUCGUCUCUCUCUGUGUCCUCAUCAACAGUACCAGUACCAAACCGGCCUACGACCCCGCUCACAGCUGGAGCCCUGCAGCCCCCUCCUCGACCGUCCUCACGACCCAAACUGUCCACAGGGAAACUCACAGGAAUCAAUGAAAUAGUGCGACCGUUCAGCCCGCCCAAAACCUCAAACGCCAGCCCUCCUCCUGCAGCACCGCUCGCCCGGGCGGAGAGCUCCUCCUCCUUGUCCUCGACCGCCUCGCUGAGUGCUGCCAACACCCCCACAGUUGGGACGUCUCGGGGUCCCAGCCCUGUGACCCUGGCAUCCCAAGAUGCUUUGCCCAUUGCCGUGGCCUUCACAGAGUCGGUUAAUGCUUACUUCAAAGGAGCUGAUCCCACUAAAUGCAUCGUGAAGAUCACAGGUGACAUGACGCUGUCCUUCCCCAUGGGCAUCAUCAAGGUGUUCACCACCAACCCCUCCCCCGCCGUUCUCACCUUCAAACUGAAGAACACCAGCAGGUUGGAGCAGAUCCUGCCCAACCAACAGCUACUAUUCAGUGAUCCUUCCCAAAGCGACUCAAAUUCCAAGGACUUCUGGUUCAACAUGCAAGCACUGACGUCCUUCCUCCGAAAAGCCUCUGAACAGACUCCUUCUGCUUCCUACUAUAACGUGGACAUCCUCAAAUACCAGGUGCAGUCCGAUGGGAUCCAUUCUACCCCUCUCAACCUGGCCGUCUACUGGAAGUGCACGCCGAGCACGUCAGACCUGCGGGUAGAUUACCGAUACAACCCUGAGUCCAUGGCCUCCCCGGGGGCGCUCACCAAUGUCCAGAUCUUAGUGCCUGUAGACGGAGGAGUCACCAACAUGCAGUCUCUGCCCAGCUCCCUCUGGAACGGAGAGCAGAACAAGUGUCUGUGGAAGCUGAGUGACAUCUCAGAGAAGUCUGAAAAUGAAGGCGCUGGCUCCCUCAGGGCCAAGUUCGAACUGUCAAACGGCCCGUCGAGCCCCUCCACCCUGGCGGUGCAGUUUAUGAGCGAGGGGGGAACUCUGUCAGGAGCAGACAUGGAGCUGCUGGGGACAGGAUACAGACUCUCACUCAACAAGAAGAGAUUUGCAACAGGUCGUUACAUGGCAGAUAGCUAAGGUGACUCAUCACUCUGGUUCUCAAAGAUCUUGCUUGAUACAACAGUCGGCAACUUUGCAAGGCUUCCCAAACCUCUGGAUCCAUCCAAGCACAGUCUGGCUUUUCACUCGGAAAGCAAGAAUCUCACUACAUAAAGCAGCACUGAGUAUUGAACACUGUUUAAAGAAAAGAAAACGUAAGAUGGGCUUUCAGGAAAUGUGUAGAUAUGAAGUCUAAUAAUGCUUUCUGAUCAAUUCACUUUUGUAUAGUCGGGGAAACAAUUUAUGGAUUAGAUAAAAAAAAUCUAUAUUGUAUUUGAAAUCAUAAAAAAAAAAAAAGAAAAAAAGUGCACUAACAAUCUUUCAAAUGCUCCUUUUCCUCUUUAUAUCCUUCUUUCAAGAGCCUUUUAGGGAAUAUAAAACAAGAUCCUGUCCGUUUGGAAGAGAAAAGGUUUCUCCCUCUCUGCGAUCUGUAAAUAUUAACGCUGAAUAUUCUGCUCGACCAGCUCUGACUCAACUCAAAUCAGUUUUGUUUACUGGUUUCUCUCUCUUCCUUUUCCUCCUCACGAUUUGUCUUUUUUGAUCAUGUGCAAUGAAGCAUUGAAGGUAGAAUCUGUCUUAAACCGUACUCACACACUCAUGGCACAAGCUCGACCUUUAAAAAAACAUUGAAGUGCUUUCAAACAAAUGCAAAAAAAAAAAAAGUCUGACCUCAGUGCCUCCUCUUAUACUGUGGUUCAAUAAGCAACAGAAGUGCGUCAAGGUUUUACCCACAUGUGGGGGUUUUCUAGAUUUAAAGUCUCUCUGUGGUAAAAUGCAUGGAGUUGUCUCUAAACAAUCACCUCUGAAGGGGUCUGUGAUCAGUGUGGUCUUUUUAGGAUUAACCCUUGUAAAUUCCCCUUACAGUCAUCUUGUAUUUUUUACAUUUUGAAGCCCUCUUCACAGAAAAUCGGCGACCUUGACUGUAAAACAUUGUGUCAAAUGUUAGAUGCUUUAAAAGAAAAAGUCAAGGGACAUUACCCAAAGUUCAUCUUGCAGCCUUUUUUUGAACUGGCAGUGUUUUUUAUCACACAUCUGUGCCCUAACAUGGAGAACUGUGCCUGAAUCAAACUUUUCUCUGUUUGUUUUGUAUCCUACUACAGCACAGUCAAUAAGAAGAGCACCCAAAAUGUGCCGGUCCUGUUUUUUACUUGUUAUUUGGAUGAUGAAGGGAAACCCGUUUUUACAACCCAACUGUCUUCCACAAAUGAAUGAAUCAUUUUUGCCUUCCGUGAUUGAUCAUUGAUUCUUUUUGAUAUGUUUUUCUACUCAAUGCGCAUCAGUAGACCUCAUCCCAACACACGCUCACUGUGCAGUAGACCAUGUAAGUGAGCAGUAGCACAACAAGGGCAAAAUUAAUGAUUGAAAUGCCUUAAACAGAACUACUCGAUACUGAGUAAUCCAGCGUUCUUCACUGUGGAGAGAUAUCGUGGCACAGCACUGCCUUUCGAUGACUAACCUGUCCUGCCUCUAACCAAGUGCAUGCUGGGAUCCAACUCUUGAAACUCUGAACAGCAAAAGAAAGAAAAGAAAAUGAUGGGUAGUUUAUAGACUGUAUAUGAGAAGUGGACUUAGCCUCUUAGUUUCAAAUACCUCACCUUCAGGGUGGGAAGCUCAAAUCCUGUUUUGAUUUCUAAGCUGGAGUACAGGUUUAAAAAUGCAUUAACACUAUGAAUCUGUCAAAUUGCUAGUAUUUCACCACUUCUUGAUUGAUCUGCAACUAAAAACAUAACAAUGUAUAGCAACAAUCUGGAGGGAACCAGGCCAUAUUUCAUGAUAACACAGCUGUCGUAAGCUAUCUGCCAAUUCUUAGCUAACUGCUUGCUGCUUACAUUCAUAUUCUCACACUGCUGCUCUGUGGUAUUUGUACACCUUCAACUGCCGACUCAAAAGUGUCCUAAAGAAGUUAACAUUCUUUGGCUAAAUAACAUAACCGAUAGCCACAUUACUGCUAGUUAGCUCUGUGGUAUUAUUGAAUCUUCAGCUGCCAACCAAAAUGUGCCAAAAGACAUAAUUAUUCUUUAACUGAAUAAUGAUAGUGUUAGCUAGCUCUAUGGUAUUUGUACACCUUCACAACUGUAACUAAAUGCUCAUAAGAGAUAAAUAUUCUUAGCUAGCUAGAUGGAUGACUUUGCUGUUAGCUAAUGUUGCCAUUAGUUUCCUCUGUGGUGUUUUUGGACCUUUGACUACCGGCUAACAGUCCCCUGGACUAAACAAUCUUUAGCUAGAUAAUAUUGACUGUUUGCUAGCUAAUGUUACUGUUGGCUAGCUCUGUAGCAUAUGUGGACCUUUAACUGCCAUCAAACCAGUCCCCUAAAAGACGUAAACAGUCUCUAGAUAACAUCACUGUUAGCAUAUAUAACUGCUAGCUAGCUCUAUAGCAUUUGUGGACCUACAACUGACAAUUAAGCUGUGCCUAAAGGAAGUUAAAAAAAAAUGUUUUGGCCAGAAAUUGUAACCGUUAGCUGCUUUACUCUUAGUUAACUGUGUUACCUUUAGCUGCUAGCUAAACAGCACCCAAAAGAACGUAAUGAGCUUAAGCUAGAUGACAGUUUGCUAGCUAACAUUACUGUUAGUUAACCUUUGAUUCUAAGAGUUAAAUACAAUACUAUGCAAGAUAAUAUUACUGUAAGCUAGCUAAAAUCACUAGUAGCAGGUUCCUUUUAAUGUAUUGUGUAACACCGUCAAAUGGUAGCAUUAGCUCGGAAGCUGCUAACAUUAGCUGUUAGAAUGUAGCCUGAUUUCCCUCCUUUUUAUGUUUAAAGUUUAUCGUCUUUUUAGUCGUUGAUCAUUUGGAAAUCUGUGUAAUCCCAAUGAUAUAUUAGAUUCCUUAAUGUAAUGAAACUAAACAGUUAACCAAACCUUUAACAGACCUAAACAACAUUUAACAUUUGAGCUAACUAUCCUGUCAGCUUUGUGAAUAGAACAGAAUAGAAUAGAAUAGAAUAGAAUAGCCUUCAUUUGUCAUUGUCAGGUGUACAAUGAAAUUAGAAGUGCUGCUCCAGAAUGUGCAUGUGAUAAAUACAAAUACAAUAAAAACAGGUAGAAAAUAUGUAUAAAAGACAAUAUCAAUACAGUUAUAAUAUAAAACAAAUGUCAAAUAUAUACAGUCAGGUGGGAGAAGAGGAAGAAUAUGGUUAAUGUGGAAAUACUACUUUGAAUAGACAGCAGGUGAUGACUCAGUUGGUUGCAAAAAGACUUCUUAUUUGACUUGAUACCUUGGGAAACAUUUCUCCUAAUGCACUUAAGGUCUAUGCUGGUGUCAGAUCUACUUUGCAGCAUGAUGUUUGUGCUAUAAAUGAACGAUUCUUGUCAACAACACUGAUUCAAAAUUAGGCUCUCAAAAACGCAAGACAGCAACAGCAAAAAUGCCAAAAUGUCAGGGGCUACAUCCACUUCAUAUACAGUCUAUGGGACGGGUGGACUUUUGCCAUGUUUGGCUCUCGGUGCUUCAUUCUUGCCUUAACUCACGUAGGCUGCUGUUGUAGAGGCUGUUGUACUUCUUGAAGGAGUAUUGUCAUGUUGUGUGGGACGUCUGUCAUUGACCUCAACCAUGUAAUGGUCCUUAUAUUGGUUAAUGUGAGGGUAAACGGCAUAUCAGGAGAUUAGUUGCCUGGAAGCUUUGACCUUUAAGGGCUGGAGUUUCAUACAUUGUGCAUCAUGAGGCUAACUGAACUCUUGAGAUCUUUAGAGAAUAACUCUUGCUGAGGUUAUUAUAUGUUUUGACCAUUUUUUAAAUGUGUAUAAUGUUUUAUAUUAUCCUCAAAGUACUUGGUGUAAGACUCUAGCCAAUUGUAAGAAUUCAAAAGCAGAAAUUUUUCACAAAUUGUUGAUUGAAAUGAAAAUUUAAGUCUUGUUAAGUUGAACUUAAAUUUUGUAUGUCUUUGAACUUAAAUCAGCCAAAUGUUUGAAGGUAGUCAGAACUAAUGAGUUUACAUGAAAUCCUAAAAAUUGUAGCACCAGUCAGUUGCACGGUGAGAAAUCUACUUGUCACUCUGUGUUUUCUAUAAACAAUUAAACCAAUGGUUUUUAGUCAGAGAAGCCAACUGCAAUCAAGAUAGAGCACAACAAAUCUGUAAUUGUAUUCAGUCUUGGCAAGCUGGUUCUUGCUGUCCCGACAAAACUUUCAAAACAAACUUAAGAGGGCUUCUUUUUCCACUUUCACGUCCUUUCUUACUUUAUAUGUUGUAUGAAACAGAGUAUAAAGAGAGCAAAAAAUUGUGUAAAUGAUUCUCAUAAAUUGUACAUUUUUACCAAUAUCACAGCCACUUUUUGUCUUUAUGAUUUCUCAUUGUGCCUGUAUUAAAUGUGUAAUAUAUGAAUAUAUACAAAUAUAUUAAAAUGACUAAGUG